GACGUGGCUUUCCCCUCCAGCCGGAAGUAAGAUACGUUUGCUUGUUUGCUGCUGAGCAGCUGAAGAAACGCUCGAACUGACAGUAAAAACCUAAGACAAGGGAUAACAAUGGUGACAGACGUGCAGCUGGCCAUAUUUGCCAACAUGCUUGGCGUGUCAUUGUUCCUGUUGGUGGUGUUAUAUCACUACGUCGCUGUCAAUAACCCCAAGAAGCAGGAAUAGAGUUUCCCAAUAUGAUUGGAGAGGUGAGAUGGGAAUCUAAGCCAACAACAACAACAUUCCCUGUCUUCCCAUCCUUAUUCCUAGAGAAGAAUUUCUAUGUUGUUAUGAUUGCACAGUAGUGUUUUUUCUAAUAAAAAUAUGUGAAGUCCAUCUG